AUCAGCUGCAGUCGAGUUCAGUAGCAUUCAGCAGCCUCAGAAGGGAGUUGAGCGUGGAGGGAAGUGGUUGUGUUUUGUAAGCUAAAUAGACAGUGACGUGUACUGCAAGUACGUGAAUUUCCUAAGUCAAAGAUAUUCCAACAGUGAACACAGAACAUUAUUUCAGUGGUAACAGAAGGAGCCAGCAAUGGCUAUCCCAUUUAAUCUACCAACACAGCAAGACACAGAGGAAAAUUAUGACAUACUAGAUCAACUUCUCGAACAACUUUACGAAGUAAUGCUAGAAAUACUUCGUCAAAGAAGACUUCGAGAUCAACUUUACGAAACAAUGCUAGAAAUACUUCGUCAAAGAAGAAGACUUCGAGACAGUCGUUCUGCAAUACCAACAACCUUGAUGCCACACAACAGGGAGGCGCAGAGAAGAGAGAACGAUGCUGAUGGUGGCAAUGGGUCAGGGGAACCAGAGCCAUCUGGUAGCCAAAACCAACAGCAGGCCCUGAACCGUGACGCCAUGCUGCGGGUUCUGCCUCAACCAGACGUAGUGUCAAAUCCCACCACAAGAUCAGCCCAGUCAGAGGUGCCCAUCCCACCUCCCAGACGAUGUACACCAGCGGGUGGCGUCAGAGUGCGUCCUUGCCCUCCGCCUCGACGCUCAAGACGUUCCAGGAGCACAUCCUCAAAUGAAAAGACAUCCGCCGUCCCUACUGACAACAGAACCCGCGAGAACUGGCAGGAGGUGGGCAAGGAACUGAGGAAGAUCGCCGAUCAGUUCUGUGCUUCAUCUAGCCCCGAGGAGGAAGGGCCCCAGACAACCCGGCACCUCCAUAACACGAAGAAGGAGGAGAGUCUUCUGUCCCUGCUGCUGCCGUCGCGACUUCGAGGACCCGUGUGGACCGCUGUAAUCAUUUUGGUGGGCUGGCGCUUCUUGGCCAGCAGUGGCUGGUGAACCACAGAGGAUCACAAACACUGUUUCAUUACAUUACAGUUAUGUUUAUCUUUAAAUCAGUCAUUUUUUUCUGUUUGUAGUAAAUAUUAGUUGAAGUAAUUAAAAUUUCGAUGUUAUGUGUGAUUUUUUGUGGAGUAUAUAGUGUAGUUUAUUAAUUUGUUUUAUUUCAUUUGUGUUUUGUCUUAUUUCCAAAGAGAAAUUACCUGAUAAUCAAACAAUGAUCUCAUUAAAGAAUUUCUUUUUGUUCUUUUUUUUUUGUAACGAUUGAUGUACAGGGUGAUUACCACAUGAAUGCUGUAUAAUUUAAAUGUGGACAAUAUUGUUGGAAAACAUCCUGUACACUAUAAUUCUCUCAGGAAUAAGUUUGUGUAUCAAUGGAAAGUGUGUUAGAGAAUUUAGUUUCCAGAUUUAAUUUUGUAAUAAUAACAAUAAUAACAAUAAUAAUAAUCGUAAUAUUAAUAAUUCAAUAUUAUAUUUUUGUGUUUAUUAUUGGGGAAGAUAUUUUUAUCCUUACAUAAUGAUUUGUGUUUAUAUUUUCUAAAUAUAUUGUGUUCUACACAGUGAAGUUAUACACUGGUGCACAAUUUUCUGUGCUACUAUAAAGUUUUCGAAUGAUCUCUAUUAGGUAGAGUAGUUAACCUUGUGUGGCUCUGAGAUGUGGGGGAGGCCAGAUACGAUGCCAAACCUUAAUCUCUAAUAUAAUAAUAUUCUGUGGUUGCAUCAAUGUGUCCUCCACCUGCCAUUUCAUUCACACAGAAUUCAUCAAGAUUUUAUCUGUAUAUAUGUUCCCAUGCUGCUAUUACAAAAUGCCAUAUUAUAACAAUAUUUUGUGUAUUAAAGGCAGGUCUCAAACGGAACGAAAAAAAAAGCAUGUCAUUACGUCAUUCAUCGGAAGUUCGGUUUUUUGCUCAAGAAGUUGCAAUUUUACUGGUUUGAUGCAAUAAAACUAAGUGAUAGUUCCUGACUAAUUGCUACCAAAAAUAACGCAAGUAAAACAUAAAUGUUCAAUGACACUAAAAUAUACCCAUUUCCAUCAUGCUUACUUUUGUUUGAAUUAUUCCAUGUGUACAGUUUGAAACAUUUAUAUAAGCUCUAAAAGUUUGUGGCGAUGGUAUAUUACUACAAGUAUUAUGUUUUUGGACAUUAUCCAUCGUCUUGUAUAUAUUA